AUGUAUCGCGUGAAGUCCGGUGAUUGUUACUCCCAUUUCAGCGUGUCCGGAGUCUCUGCUCUGCUCUUCUCUUCUCUUCAUCUUCCCUCAUCUCUGCUUCUCUUCUUCGCUUUCUAUGUCCUCAACUUGUGAAUACAACAUCUUGAAGUUGUUGCCGGAGAGUAGGAGACGCCUGAGCUCUACAGAAAGCACCAUUACAACGAGCCGACGGGCUUGAAUAUGUUACUCCCUCAAGAAGUAAAUGAGAAAGGGGGAGGAGAUAAUGAAGGUGAUGAACAUCGGUUUAGUUGGGGUCGCAAAACGGGAGUUCAGUAUUACUUGUCGUUCACCUACAAUGGCGUUCACUAUUCUCUCUAUGACUGCGUGUAUAUUCGCUGUGAUGAUGAGCCUGAGACUGGCAUUGGCAAGCUUGUAAAGAUGUUUGAAACAGCGAAUGGCAUUAGGAAAGUUAAGGUUGUCUGGUUUUUCCGACCGGCCAUGGUACAAAAGUGGUUAGGAGACAUCAGAACUCUCCCAAAUGAGUUGUUCUUGGCUUCUGGAGAGGGGAGAGGAGUUUUCAGUUUGAAUCCGUUGGAAAACAUCUGUGGAAAAUGCUCUGUAAUCUGCAUAUCAAAAGACAGGAGAAACCCUCAGCCAACAGAAGAAGAGUCAAGAAAGGCCAAAUAUGUUUUCUUCCGUGCGUUUGAUGUUAAAACUCGUGCAAUAUCAAAGAUCUUCCCAGAUGUUAUUGCAGAAGUUGAAGUGAAGAACUACUUUAAUCAAAGGAAAGAUUCGAAGCUUCUUCAUCCUGCACAAGAAUCUUUAUCACCAACUGUGACUUUGGAAAAGAAGGCUUCGUCUUCUGCAAAGAAUUGGGCUACUAGUAUUUCCCCACUAAAGAAGAAUUGUGAAAGUGCCCUUGAUACUUCCUUACCAAAGAAGAGGAAGAUUGAAAAGGAUUCAGGACCUUCUCCUCGAUCAAAAACUAGCCAAGGAAAAUAUUCAGAUGACAGGGGAGUGAAUUUGGACCGCAAAGUCAGUAAGUUUCCUGCAAGAGCUGAUCAUUUGGAAAAGAAGAAGGGUGUGAUAACUAAUUCUCAAAUCACAGGAGGUUCAAGAAGACCAGAUGAGGACUCAGUCAAAUGGUUCAAGGAACAACCUUGGGAGAUAAGAAUGCGUAUGGCUCAAGAAAAUGGGACACUUGUUUUACUUGAAAACCUCGAUCCUUCAUUCACUUCAGCAGAUGUGGAGACAGUGACUGUUUCCCAGGACAUUUUUUGGCAUGCAUUCAAGAUGAAGGUUAGCGCAAAGAUGAUACGACGCAGCACCUUCUCUAGUCCGCACUCUGCAGGGAAAGCUCUUGCCAUAUUCAAAUCAAAGGAAGCUGCAGAAUCUGUUAUUUCCGACUUAAAGACAAGGUGUCUUGUGCUAGGUGAUGGAAGGCCAUUAAUUGCUCAAACUGGAGGUCAUAAGAAGCAAAGUAAUCCAAGGGUUUUUGUUGGCCACCUUACAAUUGGCGAAAGGAGGCGUCAAAGGAAGCGGCCAGAGAUGAGAAUGGCAGUGUCGACAUCCCACCAUUCUCAGAGCAAUACAAUUGAAUAUGAGUUGGCCUUGGGAUGGUUUGUACUACAAGAACAAUCAAACAAAUGGUGGAAAACAUUAUACGAGAAUCACGCAAAGGAGAUCACAGCGCUUAAGAACAAAGUCAAGAUCCCAUAGUGAACAAAGAUAUGAGAGGAUCGAAUGUCAGCUACCUAGUUCAAAUUUCAAAUGUAAGGCGGUUUUAAUUUUUGUUUCCUAUAAUCUUUUUGAUGUUUUUUAUGUAUCUUCUAUCCUCCCAGACUUCUGCUCUUUCCCCUCUUCUCAGGAAACACUUUUUGUUUGGCAUACAUUGGAAAUGGCUGCACCAGUUACAGAAUGGUAUAGUGGUAUACAUACCUAGUUUCAUAGGAGGGAAGAAAAUGCAGGUUUUUGUUUCACAUUUUGUUCCUACAUUCUAAUACUUGUGUGCUAGUUUUGCUCCAAUGAAUACUUUAGUCCUAUGUUGCUGGUUCAUGAAUCAUGAUGUUGGAGAGAUGUCUGUAGAUGUCUGCUAGUACAGAAAAACUUUUGUCAUAUUGCAAUAUUACCAUCAUUUCAACACUAUUAACUUGGUAACUA